AUGGCUGCCCCGAAGGCCUCGGUGGCGGGCGGCGCCUCGGCGGGCGGCGGCACCAACUUGCUCUUCUCCUCCUCGGCGACGGAGUUCAAUUUCCACGUCCCCUUCAUCCCAGUGAGCCAAGCCCCUGCGCCGCCUCCCGCGGCCGCCUCGGGGCCUGGUCUCCUGCCCGCCGACGAUGCUACAGAUGUCGGUGAAGAAGACAGCUUCCUUGGCCAGACUUCUGCAACUCCUAAUCCCCCAUCGACUUUCAGUUAUUUCUCCCAAGUUCCUAGCAGCAGUGAUCCCUUCGGAAGCAUCGGGCAGCCACCCUUAGGAGUAACAACCCCACCCCAAAGCGGCACAUCAGUUUUCUCCAAGCCCCCCGUUUCUCUCCCCCUUCAGCCGGGAACACAGGAUGGGCCAAAUGCUUUCCCAGCACCUCUUUCCAAGUCUCAGUCUUUUAACAAGCCGCCUACUUCGCUACCUGGGAUUGGUUCCUAUCAGAAGACUUCCCAGCAGACUGGUCCCCCUCCAACCGGCUUCACAACUCCGCCUCAUGGCACACUGCAGCAAGGCUACAACCCGUAUCGCCACACGACUUUAAGCAGCAGAGCCAAUCCUUAUAUUACUCCUCCACAGCUGCAACAGACUCAGACACCCAGUCAGAGUGUCCAGCCUCCACCCUCUGUACCACCUAUGCAGAUGUAUCCAACACCUCCAGGGACACUCCCACCGUUUUCAUCACCUCAGUCAGCAUUGUCGCCUCAGGCAUCCAUGUCAACAGGCGCUCUGGUGAAGGCACCUCCCAUCUUGUUACAUAAUCAGUAUGAGCCGGCUCAGCCUCAUUGGUUUUUCUGCAAGGAGGUGGAAAACAAGGAGGUUUGGAUGCCAUUCAGUGUCCUCGAUUCUACAAAUCUCGAUGAAGUCUAUAAUUCUGUGCAACCUGAUCCAGAAAACGUUGUUUUAAGUACUGAUGGAGGACGUUAUGAUGUUCACCUGUAUGACCGGGUGAGGAAAGCUGUGUAUUGGGAAGAAGAGCAAUCUGAAGUGAGACGAUGUACUUGGUUUUAUAAAGGAGACAAAGAUAGCCGGUUUAUUCCUUACACAGAGGAUUUCAGUGAAAAGCUAGAGGUGGAGUACAAGAAAGCUGUCACCACAAAUCAGUGGCAUCGAAGACUGGAAUUUCCAGGUGGAGAAACUAUUGUUAUGCACAAUCCUAAGGUUAUUGUUCAGUUCCAGCCUUCUUCAAUACCAGAUGAAUGGGGUACCACACAAGAUGGUCAAACGAGACCAAGAGUAGUAAAACGUGGGAUUGAUGAUGAUCAUGAUGAAAUUCCAGAUGGGGAAGUGUCUCAAGUUGACCACUUGGUGUUCAUGGUGCAUGGCAUUGGCCCUGUUUGCGACCUACGAUUUAGAAGCAUUGUUGAAUGUGUUGAUGAUUUUCGGACAGUGUCCCUAAAGCUGUUGCAGACACAUUUCAGGAAGUCACUAGAAGACCAUAAAGUGAACCGGGUUGAGUUCUUGCCAGUUCAUUGGCAUAGUGCUUUGCAUGGGGAUGCAACAGGGGUGGACAGGAAUAUUAAAAAAAUAACUCUGCCAACCAUUGGACGUCUUCGUCACUUCACCAACGAGACUCUACUUGAUAUACUGUUCUACAAUAGUCCGAUCUACUGUCAAACGAUGGUGGAUAAAGUAGGAUUGGAAAUGAACCGUCUGUAUGCGCUUUUCAUGAGCAGAAAUCCUGACUUUAAAGGAGGAGUCUCUGUAGCUGGUCACAGUUUAGGUGCCUUAAUUUUAUUUGACAUACUUUCCAACCAAAAAGAUUGGACUUCCACAGUUAAUUCUGUAACUCCUGCUGCCUCCAAUGGUGUUGCGAAGGACACUGCCGAAUGUGACCAGCAGAUGACAGUGGAUUCUAAUUCCAUCAGUUCACUGCAUAAUCUUUCCAAUGAUGAACAUUCAGAUCAUGAUGUAGAGGAGUAUGUUCCAACCUUACAAGAAACCUUGGAAACACUGAGCUUGUCUGAGUAUAUCAGCACAUUUGAAAAUGAGAAGAUUGACAUGGAAUCCCUGCUAAUGUGUACAAUUGAUGACCUGAAGGAAAUGGGAAUACCUCUUGGGCCACGAAAGAAAAUUGCAAAUUUUGUAAAAGACAGAGCAGCGAAACAGGAAAAGGAAAAAGCAGCAUUAGAAAAAAAGGCAUCCUUGUCACAGAACCAAGGAGAAGUUGAUCAGACAGGACAGAAGGUGGUUACUUUAGCUGUAUCUUCAGAAACUGGUAAACUCCAGGGUCCAGCCAAACGAAGACUUCCAGUUGGAGCUUCAGUUUCAUCUUCACACAUUAACUAUGAGUAUUUUGAAGUAGGCACCGGUCAGGUAUCUGUGGUUUAUAGCACACUGGACUUCGAGCCAGAAAUUUUCUUUGCCCUGGGUUCUCCAAUUGGUAUAUUUCUGACUGUAAGAGGAGUGGAGAAAAUCGAUGAAAAUUACAGGCUUCCUACCUGCAAGGGUUUUUUCAACAUUUAUCAUCCGCUUGAUCCAGUUGCCUACAGGUUAGAACCUAUGAUUAUUCCUGAUACUGACAUAAAGCCAGUUCUUAUCCCACAUCACAAAGGCAGAAAAAGACUUCACCUUGAACUGAAAGAUUCUCUGUCUCGCAUGGGAUCAGAUCUGAAGCAAGGUUUCAUCAGCUCUUUGAAAAGUGCUUGGCAAACCCUGAAUGAAUUUGCACGCGCUCACACAUCCUCUCCUCAGCUCCAAGCAGAGCUGGAGAAGGUGGCUAAUCAGAUUAAAGAGCAAGAAGAAAAGGAAGCAGGGGAAGAAAAGAUCAUUGAAAGUCCAGAUCUAUCAAAAGAUGAAGAUUUGUCCAUAAAAGUUGGCCUGCUCAAUGGAGGCCGUCGUAUUGAUUACGUUUUGCAAGAAAAACCCAUAGAAAGUUUCAACGAAUACCUGUUUGCUCUACAGAGUCACUUGUGCUACUGGGAAUCAGAAGACACCGCUUUGCUUCUCCUGAAAGAAAUUUAUAGAACUGUAAAUAUCUCUCCUGAACAGCCGCAACAUUGAUGUAUAGAUAUUUGUCAUUUGGAAUACUUGUCAUCUG